AUGUUAAUUCCCCGAACUUCACCGAACUUUCUCACUUGUUUAUUUUGCUUCUGUGACCUACUGGCUCUUGCCACGGCUCUCGCGAUAUCAUCUACUUCUGUGCCUUCCCUCCUCCAUCGAGCCAUGGCUUUCGCAAUUUCCAACGCGUUUCGUUACCCUCACCCUCAAAUCCGUGAUAGGAGCUCUCAUCUUGCUCUUCGAACUACCAAGUCGCCUUCAUUUGUCAGGCUUCUCCCUGGAAGGGUGUCUCAGAGCAGGAUUUCGAUACGCGCUGCUUCGUCUGCGGCUGGAAAUCCACAGUCCGAUGGUGACUUUAACCCAUAUGAGGUUCUUGGUGUUAACCCUAUAGAGGGAUUUGACAAGAUCAAGCAAACUUAUGGAAGAAAACUGAAAGAAGCUCAGAGGAGUGGUGAUGAAACCACUGCUGCUCUACUUGAGAAAGCAUAUGAUAAGCUCAUGUAUUCCCAGCUAAUGGAUAGGAAAAAGGGUGUCACUUUUGGUUCGUUUAAGGUUUCCAAGGACAUUAAAUAUGCUGACAAGCAGCCCUUAAUACCAUGGGGUCCAAGAUAUUCCAGGUCCUCAAAGAAUGAUAUGUUGAUCAACCUAGCGAUAUCAGCUGUGUUUAGUGCAUGGAUUGCCAUUAAACGUAACGUUGAAUACAAACCGCUGCAGUUCAUGUCGUUUGUAUUUGUCUACAGAAUGUUUGACAAAUUAAAAUCAUUUGAAGCACCAUCAUCUCCAACAUAUAACGAGGAAGGCGAAGAUAAUGGACGGGGAUUGAGAAUGGGAAAGAGGCUUCUUCGCUCUCUUUCCUUAGUUUUCGGCUCUAUCCUUGUGGCAUCUUUGGCCUAUACCGGGGUCUUGAAUGGCAUUGAGUACAUGGGUAACUCCAUACCCAUGGCUCUUUACAAUAACCAGGAGCUUAUAGUGACGGCCUCAUCUGCUUUGAUGCUCUAUGUUAUGGCGUCGUUUUACAGAUGA